UGCAUGAUCAUGUACGUCUACGGACGCUCGUCACGAUCUGCGAACACGGCUUCGACACGGAGCCCAUGCGGGACGACUCAUCGGAGGAGAUGGAGCACUAUCCGCUCAUCUAAGACCUGGCGGAGAGCUGCCGCGAUGAGCUUCCGCCUACCCCUGCGCGGAUUGUCUAGCGCUUCAACGAGCUUGCUAAACUCUAGCAUUCACAGCGACGUAUCUUCAGCAAGUCAGCGCACAGAGAUCGUACAGCUCGAAGAUAUGACGACGAAGGGUUUGGACCGGCCGGAGCGCCUCGUGUUUGACUCUGGUCGUAUCAAAGUCGCCGCUGUUCACGCCGAACGUGCACGUACUGCACCGUGUUGCUGCUACGUGCCCUAGUGCUUACGUCGUUGUGCCCGCCGCUGCACGCUCAACUGGCCUCACCCCGCUCGUAUCCCAGCAUCUAAACUAUCCGGGACACCGCCAACACGCACGUGCCUCUCAGUUCGCGGUGGUGCGCCAGAGCUUUUCGGUGCGAACAAGCAGCUAGAGAGGCUACGCCCUACCUGCGCACACCCAGUACGCCGCCGCGGUAUACGCGCGCGGUCGAAGUCGCGGUCGAGGAGCGCUUGCGCAACGUCGUCUUUCGAUGUACCACAAGCUGGCGAGCUUCCCGAUCGCGACCACGCUGGCCCAGAUCUAGGUGACAGACAUAUCUGCAAGAUAUGGUUACACGCUGCAGCCAGACACCACCGCAAGGCAGGCCGCCGUCGUGCAUGCCCUCGUCUGCAGAAUUUUGGGCGACAGACACCUUCGCGCUCUCAAGCCCCAGCGGGACCUACAGACAUGUGCAUUACCGCAACGGUACAACACGGGACCCGUUGGCGAAUGGACUGGAACUGAACGACCGUGACUCGGGGUGGCCACCGUGGGCCAGAUGGAGGUGACACACGGGCUCAGGGUGCUAAUCGCAGGUGAGAUGGUAUCGCCGGACGCCGAGAGCGUGGGGCGGGUCAAUCCGCCAUAGAUGCACGUCUAGGACUAGAACUAGAACUAUUACGAGUACUGAUAUUUGGAAACAUCCCAGCUAUACGCACUCUACUAGGGCGAGUGCCGCGGCAGCUGCACGGUGACAAAAGUUCCCGGACCUCGGACAUGACAAGAUCAAUGACGACGACGUGCGACCCCGCCGGGAUUAGUUGGUAUCCUCCACGCAGGAAGAGAAGGUGUCGGCGAUCCGACGCGAUUCCUCACGCUGUGCGCUCCACGACGCGAACUGUGCCCUCUCAAAAGCGGCGUCGGGGCGGGCUGUAUGAUUGAACGGGACGCUUCAGCUCAAGCAGGUGGACGCGAGAUCGUGCAGCGGCUGUUCCCACCCGCUAGACCAAGAAGCCAUUCACCGACGACUAGGAAGAUCGGUGCGCAAAGGUCGACGGCUGCCCCAUAUAU